AUGUACUACAUCAGGACUGAGGUUCCUAGCUCCGUGUUGGCCCCCCAGCCACACCAGCAGAUUUUCAACAUUUUGCAGCUGGUUCCUCCUGAAACAGAGGAUACAAGUAAACAAAUCCGCAGUUUGAGGGAUAACUUGGUACAGGAAGUCAAGGGAGAUUAUAUUGUCAGUCUUAAGAAGAGCAUAGUGGACUACAUUCUGAUGGACAUGUCUGAAUGCCAGCGGCUGUCCAUAUCCAGCAUCCCUAAACCUUUUCCCAGAAGGGUGAUUCGUGCACCAGUACCCUGGAACCUUACCUUUAAGGAAGUCAGCAUGUGGCAAAGCCAGCAUCUGUUCACUGUCUGUCCCUUUAUGGUCCUACUGCAGGAUGUCUGGAUAGAAAGCUUUUCAUCCUUGAGAUUUGUGAAAAUGGAAGACCUUUGCUCUGCCAACCCCCCCCUCCUGGCGUCUGAGUUUGAAGAGUUUGUUAAGACACAGUGCCAAGCGACAAGAGAGGAACUGGUACAAACGUGGCUACCUCUCUGUGCAUCACUCUUUGUCACCUAUGAGAACCUGUGGCUGCCCUACCUGCCCAAGAAUGCACAGAUUUCCACGGAGGGUGUCCAGGAAUUCUUUAACUGUGUGGCAGCCCUCAUGUCACUGCACCUCCGAAGUCUAGUCAUAGAUUCCUUAGAGGAUUUACUUCAGUUCUUCAUGACAUAUAAGGAGGGCAAUGAUUUUGGAGAGGUGUUUGAUGAGUUGAGAUACGUUCAGUCUCAGGUGCUGCUGGUUAAACUACAAGUGAAGGAGCAUCACAUUGAAUUCAUUCCCAGCUUUCAGGAAUGCUGGGAGGUCAUUGAAAGGGCCUUCUUGGAGAUCAUCAAGUGUGCUGAAAACCUUCCAAGGGUGGAGUGUAACCUCUUUCCAGAUAUAAAGAACUUGUACCUGCCCUCCGUCCAGGCUGAUGAAUCAUUAGUUGGAAACUUUGUGAGCAAAGCCAAAGAUGUUUUCUACAAGAACACAUUGGGACCCAAAAAGUACCUCAAUGUUUAUCAGAAGUACAGCAAUCUAUUGGAUAAUACAGCAAAACAGGACACUUCAGCAUUCCUUAAAGACAAGCACUCAUUAGAGGAAUUAGCUGAAGAAAUAGAGAGCAUCAAUCGCUUAUUGAAGGAGAUCAUGUCGCUGCACAUCACAGUGGACCUGUCCAUGUUCUGCCUGUAUGCUGGUGACCUGAAUGAUCACCUCUGCGUCUGUGCCAAGACACUGAAAGACAUGAUUAUCACGUUUGAAGUGGAGGAGAACCGCACGAUAAACAAAGGGAUCUGUCAAGAAUAUGAGGACAUAACAGAAACUGUCCGAGAAACACCUGAGACCACAGAAAAGUUGGUUGCUCUCAACCAAUAUCUUAAAAAGACCAAGGAUGUAACCAUUCACAAGCUGAUAGAUGAGAUUGAAGUAGCAUCCUAUCGCCUCAGCUUCCUCAUGGACUAUGCCACUCUGCCCCCUGAUGACUUAAGGCUGAACUCCUGUGUCUUCCAGUGGCCCAGUCAGAUCCUAGUUGAGCUUGAAGACAAUAAAGAACGUCUGGUCAUCACAAGAACACAGGCUGAGGACCAUCUCCAAACAAGGGUCUAUGAUUUUGACCAGACACUGCAGGAAUUGGACAUAGAGAUACAGACUUUUAAGAAGAAGGAUGUGAUGAAAAUGGAGGAGAUGAAGAACAAUGUGGCCAAACUCGCUCAGAUCACAGCCAGUUUGGAGGCUGCUGUUAAUGAGCUAGAGGAAAUCAACAAAGAGCAAGCUUUGCUGGACAGGGAAAUAAGCCAGUUCCCAAUGCUCCAAAUCCUGAUUGCUGAUAAAAUACCAUAUGAACAGCUGUGGAACACUGCGCUGAAAUUUGACACCAUGUCAGAAGUAUGGAUGGAUGGUCCUUUCCUGCACCUGGAUGCUGAAAAAAUCGCUGAGGAGUUGGACGUUAUGUGGAGGACAACACAUAAAUUAACAAAAACCUUCUCGAAUCUUUUUGGGCCUUGCCGUGUGGCCAAAAGCUUUAAAAGUAAGAUAGACAAAUUCAAGCAGAACCUGCCCAUUCUUGUGACCAUCUGCAAUCCUGGGAUGAAGGAUCGCCACUGGGAGAAGAUCAGCAGCAUUGUGGGCCUCGAUGUCAGACCAGAAGUGUACAACUCUCUGCAUAGCAUGUUGGAUCUCGGGCUUGCCACGUUCUCUCAAAAUUUGGAAGAGAUUGGAGCGUCAGCCAGCAAGGAGUACUCCCUAGAAAAAUCAAUGGAGAAGAUGAGAAAAGAAUGGGCCGGCCUACAGUUUUCCUUCACCGCCUACAGAGAUACUAAUACCAAAAUUGUGUCAGCAGUGGAUGACAUUCAAGUUCUUCUGGAUGACCACGUCAUCAAGACACAAACUAUGAGAGGCUCACCUUUUAUUAAGCCAAUAGAGGCUGAAUGUAAGGAAUGGGAGGAUAAACUGUUGAGCAUGCAGGACAUCCUAGAUGCCAUGUUGAAAUGUCAGGCUACGUGGCUCUACCUUGAACCCAUCUUCAGCUCAGCGGACAUCAUUGCUCAGAUGCCUGAGGAGGGCCGCAAGUUUGGCAUAGUUGACGGGUACUGGAAGGACAUUAUCGCAGUGGCUGUAAAGGAUACACGCGUUCUAGUGGCUACGGACCAACCUAACAUGCUAGAACGACUGCAAGAGUCCAAUGAAUAUUUAGAUGACAUUCAAAAAGGCCUUAACACCUACUUGGAAAAGAAGAGGCUCUAUUUUCCUAGAUUCUUCUUUCUUUCAAAUGAUGAGCUGCUGGAGAUUCUGUCACAGACCAAAGACCCCCUGUGUGUACAACCCCACCUGAAGAAGUGCUUUGAAGGUAUCGCAAAGCUAGAGUUUACUGAGGACAUGGAGAUCACUGGAAUGAUCAGCUCUGAAAAGGAAAGUGUGCCUUUCACUAAAAAGAUUUAUCCAGCCGAUGCAAAGGGUAUGGUAGAGAAGUGGCUGCUGCAAGUGGAGCAACUGAUGCUCAAGAGUGUGCUACAUGUCAUUCAUCAAGGAGUGAUUCAGUAUGCAGAGGUGCCCCGGAAAAAGUGGGUGUUGCAGUGGCCUGGCCAAGUUGUGAUUUGUGCCUCCUCCAUCUUUUGGACUAGUGAAGUGUCUGAAGCCAUCCAGACCAAUUCUCUGCCUUCCUAUGUGGAGAAGUGCAACGAGCAGAUAGCUGACAUUGUGGAACUGGUGCGAGGGAAACUACCAGGGGGGGCAAGGAUGACGCUUGGGGCACUCACUGUGAUAGACGUUCAUGCUCGAGAUGUUGUGGCAAAACUGGCAAACGACCGGAUCUCCUCCUUGAACGACUUUGCUUGGAUUUCUCAACUGCGUUACUUCUGGGAAGACGGAGAAGUGAUGCUACGGAUGAUUACCACCUGCCUGAAAUAUGGCUAUGAAUAUCUGGGAAAUUCUCCCCGCCUGGUCAUCACCCCUCUAACUGAUCGCUGCUACAGGACGCUUAUGGGAGCUUUGAAGUUGAAUUUAGGAGGAGCUCCCGAGGGCCCUGCAGGAACUGGCAAGACAGAGACCACAAAGGAUCUGGCAAAAGCUUUGGCUAAACAGUGUGUGGUGUUUAACUGCUCUGAUGGUCUGGACUACAAGGCCAUGAGUAAGUUCUUCAAAGGACUGGCUCAGUCUGGAGCUUGGGCCUGCUUUGAUGAGUUCAAUCGUAUUGAGGUGGAGGUACUCUCUGUGGUGGCUCAGCAAGUACUCUGUAUACAACAGGCUGUUGCCAAGGAUCUGAAGACUUUCAUGUUUGAGGGUACAGAGCUUUCCCUCAACCCAACCUGUUCUGUCUUCAUCACCAUGAACCCUGGUUAUGCAGGCAGGGCUGAGCUGCCUGACAAUCUAAAGGCUCUCUUCCGUACCGUUGCUAUGAUGGUGCCAGACUAUGGUCUCAUUGGAGAGAUCUCCCUGUACUCAAUGGGGUUCAUUGAAUCUCGCAGUCUUGCUCAGAAGAUCGUGGCCACCUAUCGUUUGUGCUCUGAGCAACUAUCUUCCCAGUUCCACUAUGACUAUGGUAUGCGUGCCGUGAAGUCUGUGCUGACUGCAGCAGGGAAUCUGAAGCUUAAGUACCCCGAGGAGAACGAGAGUGUGCUGCUGCUUAGGGCACUAAUGGAUGUCAACAUGGCAAAGUUUCUGGCACAGGAUGUGCCACUGUUCCAGGGAAUCAUCUCUGAUUUAUUUCCUGGAGUUGUCCUUCCAAAACCCGACUACGAUCUGCUUCUGAAAGCACUCAAUGACAACAUUACAAAGCUCAACCUCCAGGCUGUUCCUUGGUUUAUUGGAAAAAUCAUUCAGGUGUAUGAGAUGAUGCUGGUACGCCAUGGCUUUAUGAUUGUUGGAGAUCCCCUUGGAGGAAAAACUUCUGCUUACAAAGAGUUUGCUGUGAAUUAUUCUAUCAUCAAUCCCAAGGCCAUCACCAUGGGCCAAUUGUAUGGCUGCUUUGAUCCCGUUAGUCAUGAAUGGUCUGAUGGUGUCCUGGCCACCACCUACAGAGAUCAGGCUAUUUCCACCUCAGAAGAUCGUCAGUGGAUCAUCUUUGAUGGCCCAAUCGAUGCUGUCUGGAUUGAGAACAUGAAUACUGUACUGGAUGACAACAAGAAGCUUUGUUUGAUGAGUGGUGAAAUCAUUCAGAUGAGUUCAAAGAUGAGUCUGAUCUUUGAACCUGCUGACCUGGAGCAAGCCUCUCCUGCUACUGUCAGUCGGUGUGGUAUGAUUUACAUGGAACCUCACCAGCUUGGAUGGUCUCCUUUAAGAGAUUCCUACAUGAACACAUUGCCCAAUAGCCUGGGUACAGAACAUAGACAACUGAUCAUGGACCUAUUUGAUUGGUUAGUUCAGCCUUGUCUGAACUUUAUAGACAGGGAGUGUCGUUUUGUGGUACAAACAUCUCCCAUUCACUUGGCCAACAGUCUAAUGAAGCUGUAUACCUGCUUGAUGGAUGAAAUUGCCUCAUCAGAAACCAGUGGUACACAGAAUAUGUCAAGCCAGCAGAUAACAAUGUGGCUACAGGGCCUCUUUCUGUUUGCGGUUGUUUGGUCUCUCGGGGGGACCAUCACUGGAGACAAACGUAAAAGGUUUGAUGUCUUCUUUCGCACUCUGAUUGCGGACAUGAAUGAUGAGCACCCUCGCCCGAAGAGCAUCAAACUGAAAAAGAACAACGUCUUUCCCGAGAGAGGCACUGUUUAUGACUACUACUUCCAAAAGGAUGGAAUGGGACAGUGGAAUAUCUGGACUGAUUCAAUCACAAAAGAAGAGAAUGUCAUACCACCUGGAGCUAAUGUGUCAGACCUAAUAAUUCCCACCAUGGACACAGCUCGUCAGCUAUUUUUCCUGCAUACCUACCUGUCACACGAAAUACCAAUGCUAUUUGUGGGACCCACUGGCACAGGCAAAUCUGUCAUCAACAAGAGUUUCUUGGUAAAGUUGCCUAAGGAAAAAUACACACCCAACUGCAUCAACUUUUCAGCCCGUACCUCAGCUAAUCAGACCCAAGACAUCCUAAUGACAAAGCUGGACCGAAGGAGAAAGGGUGUCUUUGGGCCCCCAGUGGGAAAGAAGUGCAUCGUCUUUGUCGAUGAUCUGAACAUGCCAGCAAAAGAGAAAUAUGGUGCUCAGCCCCCCAUUGAGCUUUUAAGACAGUGGAUUGACCACCGCCAUUGGUAUGACAAGAAAGACACAUCCAGGCAGAACAUAGUGGAUGUCCUGUUCAUGUCUGCAAUGGGACCACCUGGUGGUGGGAAGAAUGACAUUACUGGCCGUUUCACACGUCAUUUGAAUAUCAUCUCCAUUGAUUGCUUUGACGAUGAAACACUAACCAAGAUAUUCAGCUCUAUUGUUGACUGGCACUUUAGCAAGGGGUUUGAGGCAUCUUUCUACAGGCUGGGCAAGAUCAUGGUCCAGGCCACCAUGUCUGUUUACAAGGACACCAUUGACAGCUUUCUCCCUACUCCAUCAAAGUCCCACUACAUCUUCAACUUGCGAGACUUUGCUCGAGUGAUACGGGGUGUGCUCCUGGCUCCAAACACACACAUGCAAGAUGGCGAUAAACUAAUCCGCCUGUGGAUUCACGAGGUCUAUCGUGUUUUCUAUGACAGACUCAUUGACACUGACGAUAAAGAGACAUUUUUUGCCAUUGUCAAAGAAAAUACCUCAAACUUCUUUAAGAUGAGUUUGGAAAAGCUCCUGAGCCACCUCAGCCCAGACGGCAAAGUAGUAGAUGAAAGCAUCCGUAGCUUGUUCUUUGGCGACUAUUCCAAACCUGAUUCUGACACUAAAGCCUAUGACGAGAUCACAGACUUGAAUGCCUUGCAAGAAGUGAUGGAGUUUUACCUCAGUGAAUACAACAGCUGCAGCAAGGCACCCAUGUCCCUUGUGAUGUUCAAAUUUGCUAUCGAGCACAUUUCCCGCAUCUGCCGUGUGCUGAAACAAGACAAUGGUCACGUGUUGCUCGUUGGCAUCGGGGGCUCCGGACGCCAAAGUGCUACUAAACUGGGCACAUUUAUCAACGAUUACGUCCUGUUCCAGAUUGAGCUGACCAAGAACUACAGCUUGUCCGAGUGGCGUGACGACCUCAAACGAAUUAUGCUUAAAGCAGGUAUUGAGGGAAAGAGCCUUGUAUUUCUCUUCAAUGACAGUCAAAUCAAAGAUGAAGCCAUGCUAGAAGACAUCGACAUGCUGCUUAACACGGGUGAUGUGCCCAACCUUUUUGCCCCUGAUGAGCGUGCUGACAUCAUUGAGAAAGCACAGGGCAUCGCGAGAAUGGAGGGAAAAAAGUUAGAUUCAACUCCACUCUCUGUGUAUAACUACUUCAUUGACCGUGUGAAAGCCAACCUUCACAUUGUGCUUGCAAUGAGUCCCAUUGGUGAUGCAUUUAGGAACCGCCUGAGGAUGUUCCCUUCUCUGAUCAACUGCUGCACGAUUGACUGGUUUCAUGCAUGGCCCAAUGACGCUCUGGAAAUGGUGGCUCAAAAGUUUCUGGAAGAUGUGGAAAUGGAGAGUGACAUCAGACUGGAAGUGGUGGAGAUGUGCAAGACAUUUCAGACAAGUGUCAGGGAAAUGUCUGAAAAAUACUUCUCCACAUUAAGAAGGCACAACUAUGUCACACCCACCUCCUACCUCGAACUCAUCCUCACCUUCAAGACUCUUCUCACAGCUAAGAGGAAUCAAGUGGAUACUGCAAAGAACCGCUAUAUCGUUGGCCUCGAGAAAUUGGAAUUUGCAGCAUCUCAGGUGUCAGUGAUGCAACAGGAGCUAACAGCCUUGCAGCCUGAGCUCAUCCAGACCUCUGCUGAGACAGACAAAAUGAUGGUCAAGAUAGAGCAGGAGACAGUGGAGGUAGAUGCUAAGAAGGAGCUUGUGUCUGCUGAUGAGAAAGUGGCUAAUGAAGCAGCAGCUGCAGCCAAAGCCAUUAAGGAUGAGUGUGAGGGAGACCUGGCUGAGGCAAUGCCUGCACUCAACGCUGCCCUUUCAGCCUUGGACACUUUAAAACCUUCGGACAUCACAGUAGUUAAGUCAAUGAAGAACCCACCAGAUCUAGUCAAGCUGGUCAUGGAGUCCAUUUGUGUCAUGAAAGGCAUCAAACCGGAGAGAAAACCCGAUCCCAGUGGCUCAGGUAAGAUGGUGGAGGACUUCUGGGGCCCAUCUAAGAAGCUCCUUGGAGACCUGAAGUUUCUAGAUAAUCUCAAAGCCUACGACAAAGACAAUAUUCCUGGACCUUACAUCAAACGAAUCAGAGAAAAGUUUAUUGACAAUCCUGAUUUUCAGCCCUCAGUUAUCAAAAAUGUGUCUUCUGCCUGUGAGGGCCUCUGUAAAUGGGUACGGGCAAUGGAAGUGUACGAGCGAGUGGCCAAGGUUGUGGCCCCCAAGAAGGAGAGACUCAAGCUGGCUGAAGAAGAGCUCUCUGUGCAGAUGGAAAUGUUGUCUGUGAAGAGAGCUGAACUGAAAACGGUUGUGGACAGACUGCAGAGCCUGAAUGAUGACUUGGCUGCAAUGAUUAGGAAGAAGAAAGAGUUGGAGGACAAUAUUGAACUGUGCUCUCAGAAGCUGAUUAGGGCAGAGAAACUCAUUGGAGGACUAGGUGGGGAAAAAGACAGGUGGACAGAGGCUGCGAGGCUACUUGGGAUUAGAUACAUCAAUCUAACAGGUGACAUCCUUCUCUCGUCUGGAAUAGUGUCUUACCUUGGAGCUUUCACCGUUGAUUACCGCAUAGAUUGUCAGGAGCAGUGGCACAAGCUUUGCCAGGAGAAGAAAAUCCCUUGUUCAGAGGAAUUCGCCCUCACUAACACAUUGGGUAACCAAGUGUCCAUCAGAGCUUGGCAGAUUGCUGGGCUGCCAGUGGAUUCUUUCUCCACAGACAACGGCAUCAUUGUGUUCAACUCUCGUCGUUGGCCCCUGAUGAUUGAUCCGCAAGGCCAAGCCAACAAGUGGAUCAAAAACAUGGAGAAAGCAAAUAAGCUUGCUGUCAUCAAACAGUCCGAUGGAAACUAUGUGAGGGUCUUAGAAAACUGCAUCCAGUUUGGGACUCCGGUCCUUAUGGAACAUGUGGGAGAGGAGCUAGAUCCAGUACUUGAGCCUGUGUUGCUGAAGCAGACCUUCAAACAGCAGGGUGUGGAGUACAUGAAAAUAGGAGAGAAUAUUGUAGAAUAUUCCAAAGACUUUCUGUUCUACAUGACCACUGGACUGAGGAAUCCUCAUUACCUCCCCGAAGUGGCUGUGAAAGUUUGCCUGCUAAACUUUAUGAUCACCCCACAGGGUUUACAGGACCAGCUUCUAGGGCUGGUAGCAGCCAAAGAGAAGCCGGAACUGGAGGAGAAAAAGAACCAGCUCAUUCUGGAGAGCGCUGCCAACAGCAAGCAGCUGAAGGAAAUUGAGGACCAGAUCUUAGAGGUGCUGUCCUCCUCUGAGGGGAACAUCCUGGAGGAUGAGACUGCAAUCAAGAUCUUAUCAUCCUCCAAAAUACUCUCUGAGGAGAUCUCAAAGAAGCAGAAAAUAGCAAGUGUCACUGAAAAAGAGAUAGAUGACACACGUAUGGGCUAUCGUCCAGUUGCCGAGCACUCCUCCAUCUUGUUCUUCUGUAUCUCAGAAAUGGCUAACAUCGAGCCCAUGUACCAGUAUUCCCUGACUUGGUUCAUUAACCUCUACCUCUGUUCCAUCUCCGACAGUCGAAAAAGUGAUAAUGUGUCUGAAAGAAUCGACAACAUUGUGGAGCACUUCACCCUCAGCAUCUACAAUAAUGUGUGCCGCUCCCUGUUUGAGAAGGACAAGCUGCUCUUCUCUCUUCUGCUCACUGUCGGCAUCAUGCAGGGCAAGGGCCAAGUCGAGGACCAAGUGUGGCGUUUCCUCCUCACCGGUGGCAUCGCUUUGGACAACCCGCACCCUAACCCCGCCCCAGAGUGGCUGACUGACAAAUCUUGGUCAGAGGUGGUCAGGGCCUCCAAACUUCCAAACCUGGCUGGAUUUUUCAUGCAUGUCCAAAAGAACACCUCCAAAUGGAAGAACCUUUAUGAUUCAGGGAAGCCUCACGAGGAACAGCUGCCUGACGAGUGGAGUAACUUGGUUGGUCUCGACCGAAUGGUGGUGAUCAGAUGCUUCAGGCCAGAUAAACUUGUUCCAGCUGUGCAGGAUUUCAUUGUAGACAACAUGGGGCAGGCUUACAUUGAACCACCCACCUUCGACUUGGCAGGGAGUUACAAAGACUCCAACUCCUGCUCUCCCCUCAUCUUUGUUUUGUCACCGGGAUCAGACCCUACCGCAGGUCUUCUGAAGUUUGCAGAUGACCGAGAAAUGGGGGGCAGUAAGACCCAAACCAUUUCUCUCGGUCAGGGUCAGGGACCCAUCGCAGCUCAGAUGAUUAACAAAGCUAUCACUGAGGGGACCUGGGUGGUACUACAGAACUGCCACCUGGCUACCAGCUGGAUGCCUGCUUUGGAGAUGAUCUGUGAAGAAAUCAUCACCCCAGAAAACACACAUCCUAACUUUAGGUUGUGGUUAACAAGUUACCCAUCUGACAAGUUUCCAGUUAGUAUCCUGCAGAAUGGGCUGAAAAUGACCAACGAGCCCCCAAAAGGAAUCCGAGCCAACCUGCUGCGCUCCUAUUUGAGCCAUCCUAUCUCUGACCCAGACUUCUUUUCCAGCUCAAAGAAACAAGUCAUUUGGCAGAAGUUCCUGUUUGGUCUCACUUUCUUCCAUGCUCUGGUGCAGGAGAGGAGGAACUUUGGACCUUUGGGAUGGAAUAUUCCAUAUGAAUUUAACGAGUCUGACCUGCGGAUCAGUAUGAGGCAGAUCCAGAUGUUCCUGGAUGAGUAUGCUGAGGUUCCACUGGAGGCACUCACAUAUCUUACAGGUGAGUGCAACUACGGUGGCAGGGUGACGGAUGACAAAGACAGACGCCUGCUGCUUUCCCUCCUGUCCAUCUUCUACAAUUGGGAAUUGAUUGAGCAGGACUGUUACAAUCUCUGUGAAGGAAAUCUGUAUUAUGUUCCUACUCAUGGACCUUAUCAGACAUACGUUAACUACAUUAGAAGCCUGCCCAUUUGUGCCGAUCCUUGUGUGUUUGGGCUCCAUAGCAACGCUGACAUAACUAAGGAUAAUCAAGAGACCAACCAGCUCCUUGAUGGAGUGCUGCUGACUCUGCCCAGAGAGUCUGGGGGUGGGGCCAAGUCUCCUCAGGAAGUGGUGGAGGAGCUUGCAGAGGACAUCUUGUCUAAGCUGCCAGCAGAUUUUGACAUACAAAUGGUGAUUGACAAAUACCCAGUCAUGUAUGAAGAGUCGAUGAAUACUGUGUUGAGGCAGGAAAUCAUUCGUUUUAAUAGACUUACAGAGGUGGUACGCAGCAGCUUGAUAAACAUCUGCAAAGCUUUGAAGGGCCAGAUCGUUAUGUCUUCGGAGCUCGAGAAUGUCUUUAACAGCAUGCUGGUUGGCAAAGUGCCCAAUAUGUGGGCAGCAAAGUCCUAUCCCUCUCUCAAACCACUGGGGAGCUACGUUACUGAUCUGUUAGCCAGACUACACUUCCUGCAAGUAACCAAAGAGGAGACCCACAUGGAUGAAAAGGCAGAAGAUGGCGCGUAUGUUAAGGGCCUUUUCAUGGAGGGGGCCCGCUGGGACAGGCAAAACAUGGUCAUUGGGGAGUCUUUACCAAAGAUUUUGUUUGAUUCUUUACCCAUCAUUAAGCUCAAACCAGGAGAAAUGGCCAAGUUUCUGCAUGAGAAUAUUUAUGUGAGUCCUGUUUACAAAACCAGCGCCCGACGGGGGACCUUGUCCACCACUGGGCACUCUACCAACUAUGUAAUGUCCAUCGAGCUGCCCUCUGACAGGCCACAGAAACACUGGAUUAACCGUGGUGUAGCUUGCCUCUGUCAGCUGGAUGACUAG